CGAUUCUUUCAAUUUAAGAGUCCGGCUGCCAUUGCACCAUAAGUUGACAGUCUUCUGGGAACAAUUUUCUUUUACGCUGAAGGGAAAAGUCGGAAGUUUGUGACUUGGUGUUCGGGCCGCUGAAGAACAGAACCAAGAAACUCUAGUUGAAUAAUUUUAGAAAUACUGGUCCACAAUAACACAACCCCUUCUUGGUACAAAGUCCUGAUGGAUCCGAAUCGGAUUAUCCAAGCUCUGAAAGGAACAAUUGACCCAAAUUUGAGGAUAGCGGCAGAGAAUGAGCUCAACCAGUCCUACAAGAUUAUAAACUUCGCCCCAACUCUACUGCAGAUCAUCAUGUCUGAGCAGGUGGAGUUUCCUGUCCGGCAGGCAGCGGCCAUCUACCUGAAGAACAUGGUGAGUCAGUACUGGCAGGACAGGGAGCCCUGCGUGGGUGAGGUCGUCUUCCCCUUCAACAUUCAUGAGAAUGACCGGCAGCAGAUCAGGGAUCACAUGGUGGAAGCAAUCAUCCGCAGUCCCGAAUCCAUACGGGCUCAGCUGACGGUCUGUCUGAGAAUCAUCAUCAAGCAUGACUUCCCGGGCCGCUGGACCGCCGUUGUGGACAAGAUAAGCAUGUACCUGCAGUCUCAAAACACCAGCGGCUGGUACGGCAGCCUGCUGGCGCUCUACCAGCUGGUUAAAACAUAUGAAUACAGGAAGGCAGAGGAGCGGCAGCCGCUGCUGGCAGCCAUGCAGAUCUUCCUGCCGAGAAUCCAGCAGCUCAUCAGCCAGCUGUUGGUCGACAGCACCAUCUUCUCCGUCCUCGUCCAGAAGCAGAUCCUCAAGGUCUUCCAUGCCCUCGUACAGUACUCGCUGCCUCUCCAGCUUAUCAGCAACACCGUGAUGACGCAGUGGAUGGAGGUCUUCCGGUCUACGAUGGACAGAGACGUUCCUGCUGAGACCCUGGAGGUGGAUGAGGAUGAUCGUCCUGAGCUGGCCUGGUGGAAGUGUAAGAAGUGGGCGAUGCGCAUCCUGACCAGGCUGUUUGAGCGGUAUGGGAGCCCAGGCAAUGUGACGCAAGACUACAGCGAGUUUGCAGAUUUCUUCUUGAAGACGUACGCCGUUGGCAUCCAGCAGGUCCUGCUGAAGGUGGUGGACCAGCACCGUCAGCGGCACUAUGUUACCCCUCGAGUCCUGCAGCUCUGCCUGAACUACCUCAGUCAGGGCCUGUCUCACUCGCUGACCUGGAAACACAUAAAGCCACACAUGCAGACGAUCAUCCAGGAUGUCAUCUUCCCUCUAAUGUGCUACAAAGAUGAAGAUGAGCGACUUUGGCAGGAGGAUCCCUAUGAGUACGUCCGCAUGAAGUUCAACCUCUACGAUGACCACGCCCUCCCCGUGACCGCCGCUCAGAGCCUCCUGUGUAAAGCUGCUCGCAAGAGGAGGCAGGUUCUUCCUCAAAUGAUGGAGUUCUGCCAUCACACCCUGAUGGACCCCUCUGCUGACCCCCGCAGGCAGGACGGGGCGUUGCAUUGCAUUGGCGUUCUGGCUGACCUCCUUCUGAAGAAACAGGUGUACAGGGAGCAGAUGGAACUGAUGCUCCAGAACUACGUCUUCCCUCUGCUGAACUCCCCCUCCUGUUACCUGAGAGCCCGGUCGUGCUGGAUGCUGCACUGCUUCAGCCUCCUGCGCUUCCACGAUGAAGUGGCGCUGAGGAACGCUGUGGAGCUGGUCAAGCAGGACCUGCUCGAUGACAAAGAGAUGCCUGUAAAGGUGGAAGCAGCCAUCGCUCUGCAGACGCUGGUCAGCAACCAGGAACAAGCCAAGCUUUACAUCAGGCCGUACAUUCGUCCGGUGAUGCAGGAGCUGCUUCAUGUUAUCAGAGAGACGGAGAACGACGACCUCACAAACGUCAUCCAGAAGAUGAUCUGUGUGUACAAUCAGGAGAUGGCCGCCAUCGCUGUGGACAUGACGCAGAACCUGUCAGAGAUCUUCACAAGAGUCCUUCAGAGUGAGGAGUAUGAGGAGAAUGAAGACAAGACCGUCAUGGCUCUGGGACUUCUCAGCACAAUAGACACCAUCCUGACUGUCAUGGAGGACCACAAGGAGGUCACUCAGCAGCUGGAGAGCAUCUGUUUGCAGGUUAUUGGCCUGGUCCUGCAGAAGCCCAUCAUAGGUAUGGCAGAGUUUUAUGAGGAGAUCCUGUCCCUGGCGUUUGGCCUGACCUGUCAGGCCAUCUCGCCCCAGAUGUGGCAGCUGCUGGGCGUUCUGUACGAGGUCUUUCAGCACGAUUGCUUUGAUUAUUUCACAGAUAUGAUGCCUCUUUUGCACAACUAUGUUACUGUGGACACAGACAUGCUUCUGUCCAACCCAAAACACUUGGAGGUCAUCUACAGCAUGUGCAAAAAGGUGCUUGUGGCGGAUGAGGGUGAGGACGCCGAGUGUCACGCUGCCAAACUUUUGGAAGUAAUCAUCCUGCAAUGCAGAGGCAGAGGGAUCGACCAGUGCGUCCCUCUCUUUGUGGAGGCGGCCUUGGAGCGCUUGAUGCGGGGCGUGAAGUCCAACGAGCUGAGAACCAUGUGUCUGCAGGUGGCCAUUGCUGCUCUGUACUACAACCCCGCCCUGCUGGUGCACACUAUGGACAACAUGCAGCUGCCCAACAGCCCACAGCCUGUCACCACCCACUUCAUCAACCAGUGGAUGAACGACACAGAGUUUUUCCUGGGACUCCACGACCGGAAGAUGUGCAUCAUUGGCCUGAGUGUGUUGAUGGAGCUGCCCAGCCGUCCUGCAGCCCUGCAGGCGGUCGCUGGUCAAAUCGUGCCUUCCAUCCUGUUGCUGUUCCUGGGCCUGAAGCACCUGCAGACAUCGCGUCUCAUCAAUAAGCCACACCUCCUGGCCAACGCAGCGGCUCAGGAUGAAGACCAGAACGAGGAGAUUCCUAGUGAUGAAGAUGAGGUGAACGAGAACCGAGAUGCCACACAUCAGCAGUCCAGCACCACAGCAGGACGUGGAGGGGAGGAUGAUGAUGACGAUGAAGAGGAUUACUGGGAGGAGGACGGCUUUGAGGGUACACCUCUGGAGGAAUACAGCACCUCUCUGGACUAUGAUAAUGGAGAGGACGAGUAUGAGUUCUUUACCUGCGCCUUGCUGAGAAUCCAGAGUGCAGACACAGCCUGGUACCAGUGUCUGACGGCUGGACUCAGUGAGGAGCAGAAGCAGCAGCUGCAGGAGAUCUACAGCGUCUCCCAGCAGAGGAGGAGCGCUGCCUCCACUGGUCAUUGAGCUCAGAGGAGGUUUUUGGACACACAGACAAAAAAAAAGACCAGCUGCUUGGACCUGAACUUGGUUUCACUUAAGUCUGAAGUCUCAGACCCCUUCAGGUUUAGUGGAUGUUAGCAGAAGCAGGUCCUACGAGCCAGCAGGGCUGUGUGGGGGGAUGAUGACCUGCUGGUGUCUGCAGAACCCUUGCUGAGAUAUUCCUUUACUGGGACAGGACCUAGGGCUGUGACCACGGGACAGCGGAGUUCUGUGGCUCCCGUCUUCACCCUGCAGCUAAAGCUCGCCGUCUAAUGUGGCGCGCCCCUUCGAGGAUCAGGCCACGCCGUCCGGAGGGAGCUUGUGUUCAGAGGACAAAUGGACUCCAUGAUUGGAGGUGGAAGUCCCCUGCUUGUGUGUUACAUAUUUGAAAUGUCACAAAGGGGAAACACGUUUUUUUGUUUCUGGGGUUUGUUUUUGUAACCUUUCUCAGAACAAAGUAAUAAAAGAUAAAACUGUCUCCCUU